AGUGGCCGUGCACUAUUCGAAAUGGCCGGGAAGCGGGGGAAGAAAAAGAAAAAUGUGCGGGAUAUGGAAAGACAAGAAUCCCAAACUGGUCUUGGAAUCACGUUCGAAAAAAAGGGUACAGUAUCAGCAGGUCUUCUGCCGAGCGUGGCCUUCAUGGCCGUACCCACGACACCGCCUCCCGCAACCCCAACAGGAACUCUUCCCGGCCUUGCUAUGACAACAGGUGUCCUUAACUCCUCGCUCAUCGGCAAGAUGCUUCAGCAGCAUCAGCAGCAGCAGCAGCCGGGAAUUGAGGAUCCCCUGAGUGACCCUGAGAGUAGUCUCUAUGACUACCAGAUGAUGGAGGAAGCUGGGUAUUCAUCAGUGGAGUUCCGGGGAGGGGCCAGGAAGAGAAUCAGUUACUCAGACAGGGAGAAAGCCCCAACUCCACCACUGGGGUCACGGGAACAUGCUGUAGAUGAGGAAGGAGAUCGCAUGUACCACAUACUGGAAUCCCAGGAAGCACAGAAAGAUAUAUAUGCCAUGCCAAACAAGAAAAAACGGGGCAAGGGCUCACAGCGGUCAGGUGAGAAGAGUUUAGAUGGUCAGUCUUUACAACAGACUAGUCAGCAGGUACGCGAAGCCAUGCGAGCGGUCAGGGACAUGGAUUCAGACUCGGAUGAGGUCGCACAGGAAACGAGGAGAUUUCGGGUUACCAAGGUAACGAUAGAACACCCCCAAUCCGUAGCUCCACACCGAAGUGAGAGGGAACCCAGCAUCAGAGGUGUACAAUUUUGCGAUCCUCUGGAGAGUGAAAACAUUGAGGAGGAUAGCAUUCAUGAGACCAGUGUUAAAAGUGGGCGGCUAUCUGCAAGGAAAAGCAAGUCUCCUAUGAGGGGAGAGGGGUCCCAGCGAAGGGCACAUCUGAUCAAUGAGGAGGCCCAAACGGGGGAUUCCUUAAUGGGACCUACUCCUCAUGUAAAGGGUUCAAUGUCUCAUCGGUCAGCAAUGUCUGGCUCCAACACUGCUAGAAGUGUUGAUGAGUUGACGCGGAGUCUGGAGGGCGAGAACACUUUAUUGAGGUCACGAAACGAGGAGCUGGAGGGGGCUGUCACCUCUCUACAGAAAGUUUCCGAGGCCCUGGAUAAGGGAGACAAGGAAACUGCUAAACACAUGUUACUGAAGAAACAGCUACAGGACAUGAAGGAGGAGAACAACACACUGAAGAGUUCCGUACACAGACUCAGUGUCGAGCUGAGUAACUACCAGGCCAAGUACAGGACGAUACAACCAGGCGAAAAGACAGGGGAAAUGCUUGGACUUCCAGAGAAAGGCCCAGUUCCUUCUUGGCUUAUAAAUGUGCAGUACUUGUCUCCCUUGUUCCUCGCCUAUGAUGACCGGCUCCGGGAGAAAGAUGACGUCGUGAAGCACUAUCAGGGAGAGCUAGAAAAAUUACGCAUUCAAGCCGAGGAUAUCAUUAUAGAAAACCAACAACUACACAAAAAACUAGACCACGCAGUGAAACGUGGCCCCAUUGAUGUCACAGAAUGGGACCAACUCAAAGACAAUGCCAAACUUGUACUGGAAGAAAAUCAGAACUUGUUAGAACAAGUUGAGGUGAAAGACCAAAAGGCGCGAGACAUGCAUCAGGCUCAUGUUCGGGAAGUGUCAAAGUUAUCAAAACAACUGGUGCUAGUGAAAGCAGAGAAGACAGAAGUGGAUCAGGAAAUGGAGGACCUACGUAAAAAAUACAAAGACACAAAAAACAAAUUUGAUGCAUUGGUGCUAGAAACUCCAGAAAAGUCCACAGCACAGGAUUACAUCAACACCAUAGCAGAUCUCAAAAAGAGUGUAGUAGAGAAAGAUGAAGCUCACAAGGAAGAAAUGGAAAGUCUUAAGAUCAAAGUACAGGCUGUACAGGCAGAAAGGAAAGCACAAAGUGGCAGAUAUGUGGAACUGACGGCAGAAAAUAAACGAAUUCAGGCAGAAAUGAAGGCCAUGCAGAAGGCUGUCCGGAAAGCCCAGUCCAAAAUCAUGUACCUCCAAAAGGCCGUGGAACAGUCCGAGAAUAAGGAGUACACUGUACAAGAGCAGCUGGCUAAUAUCAUACGAGUGGCUGAGAAGGCGGCAUUUGAGCGGGAUACUUACGCUAAAGUGCUUGUGACCAGAAUGAUUUACAGAGACACAGCAAGAGAGCAGGAAAAUGAGACAAAAAAGGCUGUUAACAAGUUACUGAGUGGUAAUGUGUCCAAGGGCAAAAUGGAGGAAAAGUUAAAGUUAUAUAAGAUGAAGGCAGCAGCUAAGCUGAACACAGUCGCAGGAAGACUGAAAGAGCAAGAUGUUAAUUUUAAUAACCAGAAAAAGGAGUAUGAGAGGGAGAUCAACCACUUGAGAUUGUUGGUGUCAGAAAAGGAGAAAAUGAUUAACAAUAUUGCUGAGGACAAACAAGGUGUUGAGGAGGAGUUGGAGGUCAUGUGGAGGUCAGCCAACACAGAAAAUGAACGCAUGAAAGAGGUUCUGCGACACAGCAUGAAAAAAUUACGGAAACACGAAGGUCUGUCAGAGGCUAUUGACAGCAGUGAAAAGAAGGAACUCCUUUAUGUGUCGACUGAUGAAGAUGAUUAGUUGGGAAUUGUCUCCCCUAUCUCCGGUGUUUAAAACUUUGCUACUUAUCAGUUCUCUUUGCCAGAUUCAUUGUCACGAAGUCGCUGUUUAAUCAGAAAUAAGUUUUGGUAAAUUAGAAUGAUAUUCAUUUAAAGUUACACAUUCUGAAAAUUAUAAACACAUGAUUUUUUUAUUAUUGUUUUUUUAUUUUUUAAAGUUUGAAAUUUACUAAAGUUAUCAGGAAUUCAACCAAUAAGAAAAUGAGUCUAUUUUUUAUCCAAUGAGACUUUGUAACAUGGUAUACUAUUUUUUCCGUCCUUAUUAAUAUGCACUAGUCCAGAAUGUAGAUUGUUAAAAGGUAUAUAGUUUAUAGCCAGUAUAUUUAGUGUAAUUAUAGUUAUUUUAGACAGAAUAUAGUAGAAAUAAAAUGCUGACUUCCUGGCGGCCUUAUAUCAUACUACUUUGAUGUAUUUACUUGGCCUUUACAGAACUUGCUGUUGAAACUACUGAUUGUUGAAGUAACAAUUUUUGACAUAAGUCUUAUUUACUGAAGACUUUUAAAUUCAUUAUGCAAUUGAUACGACUGUGACUAUGAGAAAUGUUUCUCUGUUUAACUAGCCAUACCAUAUCAUAUGUAUGGCAUCAUUACCGAUAGGCUAUACCAUAUUUUUGUUUUCUCGUUUCGUUUUUCGAUGGAGAUAGUAUCAUAUUUUCCUUGUUGAGAAGACAAUAUGUGUAUAUGUAUCCUUGUUCAUGUUUACAUCAGAUCAUUUAUCCUCAAAGCAUAUGGAAAAUUUCAUGAUCAAUUAAUAACUAAAAUCAGCAAAAAUAAAUACUGCCAAAAGAUUCACUGUGUGUUAAUGAAUGAAAGCUUGAAUGUGUAAACUUUCGUAAGUUCACCUGUCUGGAAUAUUAUAUAUAUAUAUAUUAUUAAGUUAACUUUACACUGUUUUUCCGCUCAUAUAUAAUUUAUAACAGUAUAGAGAAGGUACAGAUUCUGAAGAAUGUUAAAAUGACAAACUGGAUCUGGUUAAGGUUAUGUUGUUAGAAAUAUUUUGUUUUCUUCAAAUGACUGUUAAUGUUUUAGCACCUCUGUCUUUAGACUUGCUCAAGUUAUUUAACUCGGACUUGUUUCGUGUGUUAUUGUCCUCAAAUCUAAUUUAUCCUGUUUCCCGAGUCAAUCUCCAUUUUAUUGUCUACAUACAUUUACGAUAAUCACACAACUAAUUGACAGUAUAAAAGUAGCAGAUGUGAGAUAAUAUACUUAACAUCUUAUUGCAAUUUUUAUUGUUUUUAGACAGGCAGCGAUCUUCGUAAAUUAGACUGACAAUUUUGUGAUUGAAAGAACGCAAAUCAUAAAUCCAUAUAGGCCAUUACAUUGGAAACAUAGAGUCACAUCAUUUUGUUUUAUUAUAUGUCAAUACUUGUUUCAGAGCUUGUGCUACAAAAAGUAUUAUUAAAGAUAUAAGGAGAGUCACCUGCAUCAACAUUCACACUUAUUGUUAUGCAUCAAAUUAACUUAUUUUUCAUUGACAUCAUAAUUAAUUCGCUAAAAUAUUUCACCCUUCCAUUUGAAAAUUAAAUGGUGCAAAAAUUUAUCAAAUUUGUCAAAAUGUAUUUUAGUUGAUAUCCCAUGAGUUUUAUGCACAUUUUGUAGUUGUAUAUGAGGUAAAGAAACUUAGGUAAGACUCAGUGAUUGUGUUUGGUAUGUCAGUUUCGAGGCAUCAUAUGCCAUAUUUGGAUGGUUAUCAAAUGUACCUCAAAUUUUCAUUAAUUUUCUAAAGACAAUAAUUUCCUUAAACUCAAAAAUUGAAUCUCUCCAAUUUAGCAUGUACAAAUAUUAAGUGAUAACUUAAAAUUGAUACCAUAUGAAAUGGAAUAACUGAACUACCAUGUUUUAAACCUGAAUGUGUUGGACCUUUCAGAAUUCUAAAAAAAUAGCCAUUGUACUGUAUGAAAAUGUUAACUUUUCCCAAGCAAGGUUGAUAUAUUAAUGAGAAUGGAUGGGAUGGUCUUUCUAGGAGGAACAGGGAUACUUUAAGACCAGCCUGUUGGUGGUUAUACAUUUAUACUGGUAAUGCCAUUUAUACUGGUAAUGCCAUUAUACUGGUAAUGCCAUUUAUACUGGUAAUGCCAUUUAUACUGGUAAUGCCAUUUAUACUGGUAAUGCCAUUUAUAUUGGUAAUGCCAUUAUACUGGUAAUGCCAUUAUACUAGUAAUGCCAUUUAUACUGGUAAUGCCAUUAUACUGGUAAUGCCAUUAUACUAGUAAUGCCAUUUAUACUGGUAAUGCCAUUAUACUGGUAAUGCCAUUUUAGUUGCACUGCAUGUUACAUGUAUAUUGAGAUAUGUAAAUAAUUCGACUUGCCAAAUUAUUUUCUGAUGAUUAUUUAUGAUAUGUAUAAUAAAUUUAAAUGCUUUUGUGUUUUAACUGUUAUUAUAAAACUGAUUGCUAUGAUUUUACUUAGAACCAAAAUAAAUCGCUGAUAUAUAGCCUAGAUCUGCUAUAUAUAUGAACACGUGUAUACACAGUGUUACUGGUGUACUUUAUAGGCCUGCAGUCACAUAACAUUUAUUUGCUUUAAGGACUCACACAACUAAAUAAUUUACUAUAUGUUAUAUGCUAGUGACUCCAUCCCUUUAUUCGCUCGUUUGAAGUUCAAAUGAUGUGAAAUUGAUAUCAAAUUAAAGUUUGAAGUUUUUUUCUAUCGGAUAAAUGUUGUUAUUGUAUAAGUUUAAUGGCAUAUAAGAGCACACAGGUACUCGAAAGACAGUAACCCCGACAUUUACAGUACACUGGGGAACCCCCACCUGGGGAAUUCCCGCCUUUUUACACCUCAAAUCCUACGCCAUUCUAUUUUCAGUAGGAGUGUAUAUUUUUGAUUUUCCAAACCUCAAGACCCUACUCUUUAUUCUCGUAUAUAGAAAGUACCCAUUUCAUAUGUUAUUUACUCAGGAAAACAGCUACAAGCCUAAGAAACACAUUUUCCUCAGGGACUUGGUUCAGGUGAAACACCAGCUGAUUGGCUGAUUUAGUUGUGUGAGUCCUUUAAGAAUGUUCAAGAUUUUCAAAUCUUUAUUAAAAUGGCCAUAAUUUAUUGGGCAUUGACUGCAAUAAUAAGAUACGUAUUUUUGUCCAAAAAAAGAAAAAAGAAAAAAAUUCUCAUGACUUCAGCAAUAAGCUUAUUCAGAAAAUUUAAGAGUUAAUUUAAAAUAUUCCCAAAGUAAAGUUUUGUGAUUUAUAGGCCUGAAAUGAUGAGGAUAUUUGUAUAAUAGUAAUACAUCUAUAGUUUGAUUAUAAAUAUAAUCGGAAUGUGAGGUAAGAUGAACAACGAACAUGGAAUCAUGUUGUAGGAUCAUAUUAUAAUUUUAUUGAUUUCAUGUCAUACCUUAUAUCUUAUUCAUAUAUUACAUUAUCAGAAGAUUUGGUUUAACAAUGAAUUCAGAAAAAAAUAACUUCAUAUUGGAAAAUUUGAUUAUACAAGUCAUGUGAUAGCAUGUCCGUUAUGCAGGGGCUUGACAACAUGUUCCUAUGACCCAAAUGAAAUAUUUUGGACUACUUUAAAUUCUGAUUUAUUUGGAGGUUGGACCCUCAGGUCAAAUAUACCUGUAAGUGAUCUGAGGGGUUUGGACCCUCAGGUUAAAUAUACCGGUAAGUGAUCUGGGUGGUUUGGACCCUCAGGUUGAAUAUACCGGUAAGUGAUCUGGGGGGGUUGGACCCUCAGGUUAAAUAUACCUGUAAGUGUGUCUAGCACCUGUGGUCAGUAACAAAUUUGUUGGGCCAGGUUAAAGACGGUAGAUUAUUUUAAGGACACAUACUGUUUUUAGAAAUUAUAUACAUAUUGUAUAGACUGUAUUUGACCUAAUAAGCACACUGUGAGCUUACAAAAACAUAGGGGCAGGUGUCAAAUAGGUCAAAUAGGUCAAAUACGGUAUUUAAAAGAUUCUAACAUUUAAUUGAUGCACCAUAUAAAUCCACAUAUCAUAAACUUGUGUUUUGUAGUAAACCGUCCAUGGUAGGUCAAUUUGUUGAUAUGAGUGUCUAUUAACUAUAUACUUUAAUUAUAAGUUUAUAUUCCCAUUGUUUAUUACAUGUCAUGUAAAUUCUCUUACUUUGUUGGUGCUUCUUUUGUUAAUAAUUUCUUGCUUUUUUAUUUUUUUUAAAAUCUUGUUUUCUCUAACCAGUAAUUCUGUUAGUAAUUCCGCUUGUGAUAGAUUAAGAAGUAUAUUAUUUCACUUUAAUUUUACCAUUACAUAGUGUUUUUGUUUUUAAUAUCCAUUUUUCUUGUAUUAUUUAUAUUAUUUUGGUAUUGUUUUCAUGCUCAUUUUAUAAUUUAAAGUAGUUCCGUCCAUUAAACUCUAAUAUUCUCCCUAAAGAAAUAAACAAUUUAUCAUCCAUUGUAUGUUUGUUGCUGAAAUGUCAGCUUAUAGUGAAAUAAAAGUUUCCACAUAAUGAGAUUAUAGUCAGUUAUACUGAAACUCAAUCACCAAUAUCUUCAUUUAAACAGUUAAGAAUUUCCUUUUUAAUGAAAUUCUGAUAAUCUUGAAAUCUUCGUAAAUAGAUCGAGUCAUACCACUGGUUUUGCCAUACAGAAAAAAUUCGGCUUUUAAAUACAUUAUAUGUUGACAGUACCUGUAAUAGUCACAGGCGCUUGCAUAGAAAAUGUUAUUUUCAUUUUUUUUUUGACAUUGGUAUGUGUAAUCUGUACUUAACAGAUUACACAUACCACUGUCAUAUCAAAACAAAAUUGAAAGUCAUAUUUUCUAUGCAAGCGCCUGUGGUAAUAGUAGCUAUGCUACAGGUGUAUAAUAAUGUACACAUCUCUCAUAUCAAGUUUCACUUCUGAAUCAAGAGAUAGAUAUAGGUAUAUGUGGGUAUGAGACUGUGCAAUCAUAGGUUUUGUGUGAAUGUGAUGGUGGAAGAUUCCAGAAUGUUAGUGUUACACCGAUAUUGUUUCAACGAAUCAGAAUUUGGUUGAGACUUAUCGGGAGGUAAUAAAGAUGUAGUAGUUUAUACAGCUGUCUGGGGUAGCACAGACUGAUACAGAAUAGUGUGUGAUGUGAGAGAAUCCAUUGGUUAUGAGGAAUCAUCGUGUGUAUGUUUUAUGAUGAAGUCAUCAUUCAAUUGAGAAAUAAUCAAUAAAAUCAGUUAAUAUAUGCAAA